GAUGACCUUGGCAUUCUUCGUGAGGGGGACGAACCUGCUAUCGAAGAUGUAUUGCGACGGCAGCUCCUAGACAAAGAUCGCGAGAAUGAUAAGCUGAGUUGGACUUAUUCAAGCUUCAAUCAACGAUAUCAACGCCACAACAGGUUACAACAACUGGCUUUGAGGCCACCCAUCGAAAAGAUCCAAGAGCUGGAGAAAGAACAUAAAAAUCUUGAUCUGAUUCUGCAGGGAACUCAGAGACAGAAUGAAAGGUGCAUGGCAGAGCUGGACAGGGUGAAGAUUAGGGAGAAAAUGCUGGAGCAAGCUUUGGCUAAAUUCGCAGGCCAGAAUUGGCAGGUUUACACUCCUGCUAAAUAA